AUGUCGGAGAAUAGUAACGGUUACGAUUAUCUUAUUAAAUUAUUAGCUCUUGGUGAUAGCGGCGUUGGUAAAACGAGUGUGUUAUACCAAUACACGGAAGGAACAUUUAAUCCCAAAUUUAUAUCAACAGUGGGUAUUGAUUUCCACGAGAAACGUUUGGUUUACAGACCUCAGGGCGGUACCGGAAGAGGUCAACGUGUGCAUUUACAAUUAUGGGAUACUGCAGGACAAGAAAGAUUUCGCAGCUUAACAACGGCCUUUUUCCAUGAUGCCAUGGGAUUUUUGUUAGUAUUCGAUUUAACUAAUCGCCAGUCCUUUCGUAACAUUCAAGACUGGAUAUCUCAGCUGCAAACUCAUGCAUAUUGCGAAAAUCCAGAAGUAGUGCUUAUAGGAAAUAAAAUAGAUUUAGCAGAAUCUCGAGAGAUUGCUGAAGAUGAAGGUAAAAAGUUAGCUCGAGACUUGGGAAAUGUGGAAUAUUUUGAGACAAGCGCUGCUAAUGGUAUUAACAUCGAUAAAGCUGUUGAUUGUUUACUUCAUAAAGUCAUGAAAAGAAUGGAGACGACUCUAGAUAAGUCUAGUCUACCUGUGAUAGAUAACUUCAUCAGGCGGUUCAACGUCAUCUGA